AUGCCUCGUAGUGUGAGGGUCCGAUCUCGCGCGUCCGAGGUGGAAAGCCUUUCGGUCUUGAGGAAAGGCGAUUGCCUUCGUAAUUGUAUCAACAAGUACGAGAACGGCCUGUGUAAGGGAGCCAUGGCUGCAAUGAUGAGACGCAUCUACAUAGAGCCGCAUUGUACAACGUGA